CAGAGAAGGAGUUGCUUGGAACGUCGUCGAUGGCCAGAGAAACCUCGGGAAGCGAUUGCCCGCAGCGGGGGAAAAAGUGCGAGUGUCGGCGGCUCCCCAGUAAUCCCAACGGCCGCGGAGUGCAGGCCAAGAGGGUCCAAUGAGCACCCAACAGUUUCCGCGACCUGGUGUAUCUUCAUCAAGCUUGGGAGUUAGCCAGUCUACCAUCACCAGCAUGCAGAACACUAGUGGUACGGUGACAUCAGGCAAUACCAUCACAGCUACCAGUGAGGAGAUGAAUCGAGAUCUGGAGCAUGUACCACGUGAACACUCUAAUCCUAUAUCUUCACUGCCAUUCCGUGAUGAGAAGCAGGAGACUGUGGUAGUUCGGCCUUACCCACAGGUGCAGACUCACACACAGCCAUUAGCAACAGCCCAGCACCACAUGCAGCAGCCUGGAGUGCCUGUAACUAUGGGCGCUCCUCCCACUCACCUAGCACAGGCCACUCAACUGUCCUUCCCAGAAGGUCUGAUGAAGACCACACUGAAGUCGCCCUUGCCAAGUAGGCCCAUUGCUCCUGCUCCAUCGUCUGGCUUGGGACACUUGACUGUUCCUCCUAAAGUUUCAGGACACGUAACUGUUAGCAUGGAUACCAGUGUUCCACAGGCCUCUGCAAUCCCUGUGGCUACUAUCAGUGGGCAGCAGGGACAUCCCAACAUCCCUCAUCUGAUGGGUCCCAAUGUGCAGAUGUCUAUUAUCCGAAACUCUGUUCCCGCUUCCCUCCACAUUGGACCAUCCACUGCACAGUCUCAUAUGUUCUCAUCUCAUGUGCCUAGAGGUGCAGCAGUAGCAGCAGCAAUCUCAAGUUCCAAAGUAACCACGGUCCUGCGUCCUGCUCCAGCACCGUUACCAACAGCAGGCAAUCCUCAGACUGCUGUGCAACAUUCUCUGCACUUACCUAUACAGUCUCGGCCACCUUCAACCACUUCUGCAGCAAUUCCUUCAGCAGUGGUGGCAACAGUGUCUGCAACACGAGCCCAGUCUCCUGUCAUUACAACAGCAGCAGCUCAUGGGACAGAUGUGGCUCACAGUAGACCAGCACUGACCAUCCAACCUCAUCCAUCUGCUGCCACAAUUAGUAUCCAGCGUACCCAGCAGCCUCGUGAUACAACUGCUCGCAUCACAUUGCCUUCUCACCCUGCAGUAGCUGCUCAGAAACCUCAGCUCCAUCCCAUAACACAGAAAGCCAUGUUCAGUACUGGCACACCAGUUGCUGCCGCCACUGUGGCACCUAUACUUUCAACAAACUCAGUCCCUUCUACGACGGGUCAGGGUGCUGUUUCCCAUUCUCAAGUAACGAGCAGUACAAUUGUUAACAUGACAAUGGCUUCUCAUACACCUCAUGCUCCUGUAGUCACGACGUCAACUAUUCCUGUUGCAAAAGUUGUUCCUCAACCAAUUACCCACAAUUCCCCACGGAUCCAGCCUGAUUAUACAACAGAGAGGGGGAACCUGAUUUCCAUACCAGGUCAUAGGGCAUCGCCUAACCCUGUUACGAUGGAAACACGCACUGAGAAUAGGCAAGUUCCUGUGCAGUUCCAGUAUUACCUGCCAGCUUAUCCACCGUCAGCUGCCAUCCCUGGCUACUCAGCACUAGCACAUACCUUUACCCCAAUAACCAGUACAGUCUCCACUAUUCGGCAAUACCCAGUUUCAGCACAAGCACCGAGUUCAGUGUCUGCAGCAGCGAUUGCAGCACAGGCGGGUGUGGGCGUGGCUUCCACUGUCCAUCUGAAUCCCAUGCAGCUGAUGACUGUGGAUACCACACACACACGUCACAUUCAGGGGCUCCAGCCGGCAUCAAUCACUGCCCAGGGGCUACAACCUACUUCAAUUGGCCCCCAAGGAAUUCAACCAGCUCCACUUGGGGCUCAGGGAAUUCAGUCAUCAACUAUUGGUACCCAGGCUCUGCAGCCUGCAUCAAUCGGCCCCCAACAGACCACAGAGAACAAGCCACCAGCAGUGGUGUUGACAGAUGGAGCCACCAUUGUAGCAAAUCCCAUCAGCACAUUCAGCGCAACACCAGCUAUCACAACUGUGAUUCAAACCCACACUCAGAGUAGCAGUACCACUGCUCCAGCACAGGGAUCUUCACCACGACCGAGUAUUCUGCGCAAGAAACCAGCUUCUGAUGGCAUGGCUGUUCGGAAGAGUCUCAUUCCUCCUCAGCCAACAGAGGCUACAAGCCCUCGAUUAGAUGGCACAAUGCGGAAUGCAUCAGGAUCCCCACGACCAGUUGGAACAAAACCUAAGUCAGAGAUCCAUGUUUCCAUGGCCACACCAGUAGCUGUUGCAAUGGAAGCAGUUAGCAACCAGAGUAUGGAAAACAUACCAGGACAGCCGACUUCUCAGCAGCCUCCACCACCAAUCCCAACACUCAUUGCAGCGGCUGCUCCCCAUCCUCAGCCUACAGCCUUGUCAACUGUUACAGCAGCCGUCUCCACCACCCCUCCAAUUUCAGUCUCCAUGGCUACAGUGGUAACUCCUCCAUCACAACCAGUUGCCAUCUCGGUACCUGUUUCCAUGAGCUCAACGUUACCAGAAGUGAAAAUCAAGCAAGAGAGCGAGUCUGCAGAUGCACUGUCUGUAUCAAUUGCAGUAUCAACUUCACAGAAUAUGUCGGUGACUUCGCCUGCUCUGACUCCAGUGGUGAACAACCUCAGCCUUCCUGGGAACGAGCUGCCACUGGGUGCAUCUCCCCGAAAGAAACCCCGUAAACAACAGCACAUCAUCUCCACAGAAGAGAGUGAAAUUAUGGAAGCAAAUAGUACAGACGAGGAGAAGAAUAGCAGCAGCAAGCCAGUGCUGAUCAAAGCAGAGAAGAGGAAAUCACCACCAAAGGAAUAUAUAGAUGAAGAGGGUGUCAGAUAUGUGCCUGUGCGCCCUAGACCUCCGGUUACGUUACUCCGACAUUAUAGGAAUCCCUGGAAGGCAGCUUAUCAUCAUUUCCAAAGAUACAGCGAUGUGAAAGUCAAAGAGGAGAAAAAGCCCACGCUACAAGAGAUAGCCAAUCAAAAAGGAAUUGUCUGCAAGGCUCAGGGUUGGAAAGUACAUCUCUGUGCCGCACAACUCAUGCAGUUGACUAGCUUGGAACAUGAUGUGUACAACAGAUUGGCUUCAUUACAGGAAGGGCUGAUUCCAAAGAAGAAAGCAGCUGCAGAUGAUGACAUGCAUCGAAUCAGUGAGCUGAUCCAGGGGAACAUGCAGCGUUGCAAACUGGUUAUAGACCAGAUCACUGAAGCCAAAGAUACCAUGAUGAAGGUUCUGGAUCACAAGGAUCGAGUCCUAAAACUCCUCAACAAAAAUGGAACCGUCAAAAAGGUGUCCAAAUUGAAAAGAAAAGAGAAGUCCUAAGGUCUCAAAUUUGGGUAGUAACUGUAUUUUAAAGCCACUGUAUAAAUGUUUAGUUUGAUAUUUUAAUAAAGCCAAUGUUUGCAGGUGAUGGAUAGUUUCCACAGAACAUGAACAUUGCUGUGGUGUGGAUGGCAGUAAUUGGAAAUACCCACAGUCUCAGCAUUGUUGAUCAGUUGAAUCCCACUAAAAUUGUGACAACCUGCAAAAAGUGAGUUUGAUUUUUCUUGAACCUGACUACACACUGCAGUGUUGACUAACUUGCUCAUCAAGUUAAAUAGCAUGGCUUCCUCCUCCUCCUUCCUUUGAUGUUCCUCGUUCAGAAAAAACAGAUUGGCAGGCAGUUCUCCCGUUAAUUUUCUUUUAAUCUUUGAGGUAAUGAGUUUGGGGUAGUGAUUCAUUAGUUCCAAUUUAGCAGCACCUCAUCACCAAUAUUGGUUUACAGUGGCGAGAAGUUAGAAGAAAUCUAGGUGUUUGUGAUUAGCAACCCCAGUCAGCUGCAGUUGUUGAGGCUGGCUGUAGCUUAGAAUGGAAGAAUGAUCCAAGUCCAGCAGCCAGAGUUGUCAGUUUACCAACAGAAGAAGGGAACCCCUUUGUGAAAACAGCUAAUCUGAUUUUGCUGGUCUCUUAAAGCAUAUGCUUUCCUUUACAAUUACAUGAGGCAAGCAUCUUUGAGAAUGUGAUUCUUGGCACUUGCAAAACUUAACUCGUGUUUGCCCCCGCAUUGACUGACAGGAGCCAUUCGAGAACUGUUUGAAUAUUUUCUCAAUGAGAAAAAGAAAGAAGUUCCCUUAAAAAAUAUUAAUAUUUUCAUCUUGGGAAUAAGUGGGGUGUAUGCUAAUCAAAAUUGCAUACUUGUGAGCCUCGUUGUAUCUUUAGUUUCCAGAAGGACUGUAAAAGAAUUGUCAAUUUGUUGCAGUGUGGCUUUGUUCUGUGCUGCUCCUGGCCAUGGUGAAUUGACUGAGCACUGUGCAGUUGUAGUAUCGUUCCACUCCAGGUUCCUGUAUAUUGGUUAAAAUUCUAACCAUGUCAUCUUUCUAUCAGAAAUUAUUAAUAAAGUGAAAUUACUAGUUUUUUUUAUACUUAAAAGGAAGGUUGCACGAUUCUUGGUAAGAGUCUUUGUAAAACAUGGCUUUUUUUUUGCUCCUCCAUCACUUCUUUCCACAUUAUGUGUUUGGUGUUUGGACCAGCAGUGUCUGUAACCAAGAAGGUAUUUAAGCUGGGCUGCUUUUCUUGUGUGUGGUGAUCUUGUGUGAGAUGUUUGUAGUUUGUGAUGCAGUUUCUUGUACAUAAUCACUUGAAAAUCCAUUAAUAAAGAGUGCAAGCUUUUAUACCAACUGCA